UCUGCUUUUUAUAAUAUUUGAAAUAUUUAACUUUCUUGCUGAAAGAAAAUGAGUGGAGACACCCAGUGCACAAUUUGCCACGCACUGAUCAAAGGGAGAAGACAUUCCUGACCACAGAAGCCUCGGCAACCCAGAUCAAAGGCAGAUGAGGAGGAAAUAACAUCUUCCUUGUCUGGAGUUCGAGAGCCCAGUCAUCGUCCUUCUGUCCGGCAGGCUCCACACUGAGAGACCAACGCUGUUGCAAGUUGCACCUUUCAUUCCUUAUUCCUAACCAUGUCAUUGCAGUGAUAUCAUCAAUUACGGAGCUACCUUUGAUCAUAAUAAAAGGAAUGCUUAUUUAGUUUAACCAUUUUUUUUGACAAUCUGACUAUUGGAUUUAGCUAAAUACGUAAGAUAGGGAGUAACAUAAAAAUAAUCUUUUUUACCUAUAUGUGAUUUUUUUUCAACAGCAACGUAUCCCAGCUGAACUUAACAUACUCGAUAUACAAAACAAGUAGUCAUGCCGCGUAGGAGUUCUCGUCUGCUCAGCUUAGGCUAUUACAACUCAGAUGAAGCGUUGGACCAAAGCAACAAGGCAAAAAUAACCUACCGUGAAAAACCUGUCAAGGUUUUCAAAAGGAAGCCAAGAACCCUCAGGGCUCGCCCCUUCAGCACCAUUUAUAGCAAUACUCCCUCUCCCAGCCAAGAGCAAGUCAUCACUGAAGGUCAAUCCGUUGAACUGACUCAGGCUUCAGUCAGCAAAUGGACAAUGAGGACGUUUGGUCUGUCUCUCAUAAUCACAGGACUCAUAAACAUGUUCCUCUUUAAUACCGUGUUUACCUUUCCCAAUUGUCCCAUGUGCCACGGACAUAACAUGCCACCAGUGGAAAAUCCGGCAGAUGUGCUUGCUGUUGUAGAAGCGAGGAUGCAGCAUCUUUUUGCAGAGAUGCAGCAGGAGAACGAACACCUUCUUUCCCAGAUGAAGAGAAUGGAGUUUGAGAUGUGUAAAGAUACACGUCCCAUGGCUGACAAAAUGCCUGAUUUUGCCCUGGAGAGUCAAGGUGCCAGAGUGAUGACUGACAGGAGUUCAAAGACAUAUCAUUCAGAGACAUUGUUUGGUUUCCCCAUUUGGAACACACGUAAUGGCCCAUACACUGUUAUUCAAGGAGAACCAGUGCUGCUCCCGGGGAAAUGUUGGGCCUUUAACGGCUCCCAAGGAACUCUUGUCAUCUCUCUCUCCCACCCAGUGCAGAUAACUCAUGUGACACUGGACCACCUGCCCCGCUUCCUCUCCCCCACUGGCCGCAUCCACUCUGCACCCAAAGACUUUGAAGUUUAUGGAAUAAAAAGUGACUCAGUGGAGAAAACACUGCUAGGGAUAUUCACCUAUGAUGAGAACGGAGUUUCGACGCAGACGUAUAAGCUUCCUGACCCCACAGAUGACUUUUAUAAACUUGUGGAGCUGCGUGUCCUCAGUAACUGGGGACAUGUCCAAUAUACGUGUCUUUACCGUUUCCGUGUACAUGGAGAGAUUGACACAAGCACAUUUCCACUGAAUGAAAGCAGCUCAUAUUACUUUUAACUUGAAGCUCCCACCGCAUGUUUUCCUCACCUUAUUGAUUUUAAGGGACUCAAAAUCACUUUAACUUGCCAUGUAUCCAAAUCAAUUCCUAACUUGUGUGUUCAUUAAAUUGUUGUUGAACAAUAUUACUACUUGUAGCCGGUUAGCUCAUUUCCCUGCUGGUAUGUAUGGGAGUUGUUGUCCCCAGGUGCA